GCCGCCUGACGAGAGGAAUAUAUGUGCACCGCUGUGCUGACUGGCUGGCCUGCUCCGUUGAACUGCCGUUUUACAACACCGUCACGACACGUCACACCAGCCAUCUCGCUCGCACACACUCGCUGCGUCCCAGAAUUUUUCGACUGCGUUGCUGUUCGUAAGGUUGGCUCGCUCGCACGCGCUGUGUAAAGGCCCCGCAUUGAUUGGGAAAAAAUAAUCGUCGCCGUAGUCUUCGUCGGGUCGCCGUUUAUACUCGCAGUGCGCUGGUGCUGCUUUAUUUCGAGACAAGGGACACAAUCGAGAGAGAGCCAUAUUUUAAGCAUCGAAAGUUCUUGAGGCGCAACGCAGCUUUUGUGUUUCGUUUUAGUUUCGGUUCUAAGAGAACAGAAGAAAUAGCAUAAAACCCCGAUUCUGUGCAAAGAACAAAAGAAAUACGCGAGACACCAACACCACCACCAACCAACCAAACACACACACACAAACCCCAAAUCAAAUUUCAAUCAGAAAAUGGCGUUAAAAAGAAUCAAUAAGGAACUGCAAGAUCUGGGCAGAGAUCCACCUGCACAAUGUUCAGCCGGACCAGUUGGAGAUGACUUAUUUCACUGGCAAGCUACAAUAAUGGGCCCGCCGGACAGCCCUUAUCAAGGAGGUGUAUUCUUCUUAACUAUACAUUUUCCAACAGACUAUCCCUUUAAACCACCCAAAGUGGCUUUUACAACGCGCAUAUACCAUCCAAACAUUAACAGCAAUGGAUCGAUUUGUCUCGAUAUAUUAAGAUCUCAGUGGUCGCCAGCAUUAACAAUUUCAAAAGUUUUAUUAUCAAUUUGCUCUCUACUCUGUGAUCCCAAUCCAGAUGAUCCGCUUGUUCCAGAGAUUGCCAGAAUAUAUAAAACUGAUCGGGAAAAAUACAAUGAGCUGGCACGAGAGUGGACUAGGAAGUAUGCUAUGUGAUGCGUUCCAGAUUGCAGCAACAGUCCAACAGAAGAAUCAGCAAAUUCAACAUCAACAACAAAAACAACAGCAACAACAGCAGCAGCAGCAGUUAAAGCAAAAGCAACAGCAACCACAACAACAACAGAAACAGUAAAAUCAACAGCAACAACAACAGUUUACAUCAAUAGUCAGCAAGUAAAGAGGAAGAGGAGCUGCAGUCGCCGCCGCGGCAUCAUUGUUAAUGGCAUUAACAACAAUAUCAGCAGGAGCUGCUGCAGCAGCAACCACAUCAUCACCAACAAUCGAAGCAGCCGCAGCCGCCGCAACACCAACAUCGGUAACUGCAUCUACAGCAGCAAUAAGAUCAGCAGCUGCCGUCGCCAUCGUUGCCGCCGACGCUCCUACCGCAGCUAUCAGCUCCGGUUUGAGCGACGUAGCAACACCAGCAGCGGGCGGUACUGCAUCCAGCAAAUAGCAAUAGCAACCGCCGGCGGACCGAAGCAGCAGCAGCAGCAGCAACAACAGCAGCAGCAGCCGCAGCAGCAGCUAUAGCUAUAGCAAUAGCAACAAUUGGCGGAUUGGUGGCGGACUGGAAACAAAGUGUGUGUUUAAACCGAACCGAAACAGAACAGCAUAAACGGAAAUAAUUUAAUAAUAAUUACUGAAAGAAAAAUUAUGUAAGCAUUAAACAUUAAAAGCUAGACAGCUACCAACAACAGCAUCAACACAUAAUAAGUUUAAAUACAAAGAAAAACAAAACUACAAAUAAAAAAUCAGCUGGAAAAAUUA